AUGUCAGCAAAAUCCCAUUCUUUCUUCAAUCCAUCACGUGAACUCUAUUACUCAGAUGUAUUGCCCGCACUUUCAAUAGCCUUUUUAAAUGAUCCAGAUAAUCCAAAAAUUUACACAACUUCAGUGACGGGUCUAAGCGAGUUAAAGGAGCUGGAAGACCUAUACAUCGACGAGUUGAACGAGUAUACGGAUUUAUUGCAACAGAAGGUGCAUUCCUUGAAGCUAUAUCUUGAAAAACUGAAGCUGGAGAAAUUGGAAAAUUAUGAACAGCGUGUGCAAUAUGUAUCAAACCCCUUGAAAGCCUUUGGUCUACUUAGACGAACGCAUCAGGAUUGGCCCAAGUGGCACAACUACACCAAGUCUGACAUAGGCGCAGCAAAAUUGAUUGCAAUGGAACAGCUUCUGGCUAAAGCCCCUGGUAACGAUGACAUGAUGGAGGCUUACAAGGGAAUGCAUCGCAUCGAAGAGGUGUACGAUCUAGAAGCGGCAGAUAUGGCUAAGGGAUUGUUAUUGGGAAAGCAAUAUGACGCUAAGAUGUCCACAGCCGAGUGCUUAGCCCUCGGCGACUAUAUGUUCAAUCAGAGUGAGUUCGCGAGGGCAGCCAAGUGGUAUCGCCUCGGUCUAUAUUACAACACCGAGUAUUCGAAUGAUGUAUUCAAGCAGAUAUAUGGAUUUGAAAGUGAUGAAAUACGGAAGAUGUUUCUUAUCGCUCGAAUUAAAGGAGCUAGUGUGGAUGAUGUGCCGAUUUAUUUAAGAGAACUUUCCCAUGGGCCGCACACUCCACUUUGGAAAUCAGAGAAAGGAAUACCCACAGCAUAUCAAGAGGGUUGUUGGGGUCGACUUCCUAGGCGGAGAGACCUAACCUGUCGCUACAACUCCACAACAUCCCCUUUCUUACGGCUGGCACCACUGAAGAUGGAGAUGAUUAGCUUGGACCCCUACAUUGUGAUCUACCGUGACGUGCUUUCUGAGCACGAAAUUCGUUUGGCAACCGAUAAGUCUAAUUAUGGAGUCAUGUUUGACACCUGGACCUAUGACGCUGACCCCAGAAUUAAACUAGAACGUAUUAGUAAAGGCGGAAUGCUUUACACAAAGGAGUUAUCCGUAGUUAACAAACGGAUUGAGGACAUGACUGGCCUAAAUGUAUCUCUCACAGACGAGCUGCAAAUGGCCAACUAUGGCCUGGGGGGUCAUUUCUUACCUCAUUACGAUUUUGUGAAUUUGACGCGGCGUACAACAUUGACGCGCAUUUUUGAAACAAUUGGAGGCGAUCGCCAAGUAACGGUUCUCUUUUACACUAGCGACGUUGAACUCGGCGGUGCGACUCUGUUUCCGAAGCUUAAUAUUACUGUACGGCCGGAAAAGGGAUCUGCAUUGAUUUGGAAUAACUUGGACCACACGGGGCAACCGGAUGUAUUGACAGAGCAUGGGAUUUGUCCAGUGAUUGUGGGUUCCAGAUGGACACUAACCCAGACCCUGGCCGAAUGGGAUCAAAUGUUCAAGAAACCCUGCAAUACAAAAAUAUAGGAAGUCUGGAAUUGGCUGCACUAUCACUAUAAUAUAAAUACAAAUCGUUUUUGUUUCUAAAUCAGCAAA